AAUGGUUUUCCCGGCAUUUUUGUAGGGCGCAUGCGUUCUAUACUGUCAACUUUCCAGCGCGCCGAAUUGUACAGGAAGGGGAAUAGUUGUGAAUACUUUUUACACGUUUUAUUGUCUUGCCACCUGUUUAAACAUUAUUUUAUCAUAUAACGUAAGGUAACGGCACCAUGUGGAACCAAGGUGGAUCAUACGGUGAUUCAAACAUGGGUGGUGGAUACACUCAGUCCCCGGGAGGAUUCGCAUCACCUGCUGCCUCCCAGGGAGGAGAGAAGAAAGGGAGACAACGUGCCCAACAGAUUGUCCCCUGCACAGUGUCCCAGCUCAUGUCUGCUGCCCAAGCGGAGGAUGUUUUCAGAGUGGGAGAGGUAGAGGUUGCCCAGGUUACCAUUGUGGGCAUCAUCAGAACCACUGACAAAUCCAUGACCAACAUCCAGUACAAAGUUGAUGACAUGACAGGGGCCCCUAUGGACGUGAAGCAGUGGGUAGAUACGGAGGAUCCCAGUGUGGACAGCACAGUCAUCCCCCCAGGCACUUAUGUCAAGGUCUCUGGCAAUUUGCGCUCCUUCCAGAACCACAGGUCCGUGGUAGCGUUCAGCGUCCGGCCCCUAGAGGACAUGAACGAGAUCACCUCCCACAUGCUGGAGGUGGUGCAGGCACACGUGCUGCUCAGCAAACCACAGAAUAUUAUGAUGGGCGGAGGAGGGGGAAUGAACACUAGCAUGGUGCCCAUGUCGCGGCCGGGAAUGGGUGGCAACAUGGGAGGUGGAUAUUCGGGUGCCAACGACAUGUCCGCUAACGGCCUGAUCCCAAGCCAGAACCAGGUGCUGAGCUUGAUAAGGAGCUGUCCAGACGCACAGGGUAUCAGCACACAGGACUUGAAGCAGAGACUCAGCGGCAUGAGCUUGGCUGUCAUCAAGCAUGCAGUGGAGUUCCUCAGCAACGAAGGACACAUCUUCUCCACCAUUGACGAGGAUCACUUCAAGUCUACGGACAAUGACGACUAAAGCAUCUCUCCAUUCCCUGUUAGCAUUAAUAACAUGAUCAUAGUCUUGGGUCCAUUCUCAACACACUGUGCCGCUAUGAGCGGACGAUUGUAUUUAAGAAUAACACCCAAACACCCCUCUUAGAAUUUUAAGAUCUCAACACUCUGAAAAUAGAACCUGUAGUCAUUCAUGGAAGCAUGAUUCAUACUGAGGAACAUCAUGGAAUAUGUCUAUAAUCCUGAGGGUUUCUGUGAAAUUAGGCCUUGGUUUGACUGACGUGGUGGCCAGUGUUCACAUAUCCUGUUUCAACUUCCGUUAAUGAUAUUACAGUAAGAGUGGGUGCAUCACAGGCCAAUGGUUUUUCUCACAGUGAAUGCAAUCUGUGUGACUACCAGUUCCUGAUUCAUUGGUCUUUGUAGUUGUCAUUUAAAAAUGGUGAACAGAAUGUAAAACUUUGCCAUUCCUAUUCAGAUUGUCUUAUGUCUCUAUGUUUUGUUUUUGUCUCUAGUAAACGUAUAUUUUCAGAAAAAUUUGUAAUUUGUUCUCAAGAUGUUACUAUUUUAAAUAGUCAAUUGGGAAGUAUCUCUUACAAUGUGUGUAACCUUAGAAUGCAGAAGUAUAAUAUCAUACAGUAUCGAUACCCAAAGCAAUGAUACAUAUGCACAAGUAAAGCUUUGUGUUGCGCAUGAAGAUCCCCACUGUUAUCACUCCGGCUUUCUUAUAUUGACCUCCACUCUUAACAGUAAGGUCACUGACGCUGUCAGACUAGCAUCAUUGAGUUUUAAAAUAAGGGGACAUUUUAAGUUACAAAAUACACGGCUAAAUUAUGAAAUGUAACAACCAUAAACACCAAUAGCCUUUUAUUAUGAUAAGCAUUUUGGAUAAUCGGUUGGCAAGUGUUGCUUGUGACUGUAGCAAUGUAGAAAAUUAAAACCAAGUAACAAAAUAUAGGUACAAUAAGACAUGUAUCCUGUUUUUGCAGUCCCAUCUCAAAGUAUUCACGGUUACAGUGGCUUGCCAUCAGUCUGCAUAGUUCUGACAUUGUCUUGCACCCCAUAGUCUAGUCUAUUUUAUGCAAUGAUACUUUAGUUAGCCUUUUAAUAGUUAUUCCUCUGGCUGGUUCAGUAAAAUAAAAAAUUGUCCUGUGUUCUUAA